AUGCCUAAUUUAGCACAGCUUCGCGACUCACAAAUACAAAUCCCUCUCUGUAUUUCUCAAUUCUCAGAGACCACGGCAGACAGGCCAAGCAGAGCACUGGUAUUGUACGGAGACGGGCUGGCCCGAUUGGUUGGGCUGACAAGCCCGGGUUUUAUUGGUGCGGAUGUUUGCCAUCUUAAUCUACACAAAACAUUUUGUAUUCCUCAUGGUGGAGGUGGACCUGGGAUGGGGCCCAUUGGCGUAAAGAAACACCUAGCACCAUUUCUACCGUCUCAUCCUGUGGUUCCCACAGGAGGGAUACCAGCCCCGGACAAAUCUCAGCCCCUUGGUACUAUUUCUGCUGCUCCUUGGGGAUCUGCACUCAUUUUGCCAAUAUCAUAUACCUACAUUUCUAUGAUGGGUUCAAAGGGACUGACAGAAGCAUCUAAAAUAGCCAUCUUGAAUGCUAACUACAUGGCAAAGCGUUUGGAGGAGCACUACCCUAUUCUUUUCCGUGGUGUAAACGCGACAGUCGCCCACGAGUUCAUUGUUGAUUUGAGGGGCUUUAAGAAUACUGCUGGAAUUGAGCCUGAAGAUGUCGCUAAACGUCUCAUGGACUAUGGCUUUCAUGGACCAACAAUGUCAUGGCCAGUUCCUGGUACACUCAUGAUUGAACCAACCGAAAGUGAAAGCAAGGCAGAGUUAGACAGGUUCUGUGAUGCUCUUAUUUCGAUUAGACAAGAAAUUGCACAAAUCGAGAAUGGAAAAGCUGAUAUUCACAACAAUGUUCUCAAGGGGGCUCCUCAUCCACCAUCACUCCUUAUGGCAGAUGCAUGGACAAAACCAUAUUCUCGGGAAUAUGCUGCCUUCCCAGCUUCCUGGCUCAGAGCUGCUAAGUUCUGGCCUACUACAGGACGUGUGAACAAUGUGUAUGGUGAUCGUAACCUCACAUGUACCCUCCUUCCGGUCUCACAGAUGGCCGAUGAACCAGCUGCAGCCACAGCUUAA